AUGGGGACUCACUCCGGGGAGAAGCCCUACAAGUGUGACCAAUGCACGAAGUCUUUCUGUCAGAAAGACUACCUGAAUAGACACAUGAGAACUCAUUCCGGCGAGAAGCCCUACAAGUGUGACCAAUGCAUGAAGUGCUUCAAUCUUGGCCGCAGCCUGAAGUUCCACAGUCCUCACUCGGGGGAGAUGCCCUACAGGUGUGACCAAUGCCCGAAGUGCUUCAGUCAUGGUUCCGCCCUGAAGUUCCACAUGUUGACUCACACCGGCGUGAAGCCCUACAGGUGUGACCAAUGCACAAAGUGUUUCAUUCAAAGCUCCGCCCUGAAGUGCCACAUGAGAACUCACUCCGGCGAGAAGCCCUUCAGGUGUGACCAAUGCACGAUGCGCUUCAGUCAUGUUUGCACCCUGAAGAUGCAUAUGAGGACUCACUCCGGCGAGAAGCCCUACAAGUGUGACCAAUGCAUGAAGUGCUUCAGUCGUGGCGGCGACCUGAAGAUCCACCUGAGGACUCACACCGGGGAGAAGCCCUGCGUGUGUCUGCAGUGCAACGCCAGCUACAGCGACCCAAGCAAUUUGCGUGUGCACAUGCUCAAGCACACUUUGGCACGGGGUAACGGGACACUUUGAUUGAGACCUUUGUCCCGUAUUGGUUGAAAUUACUGCUUUUUGUUUUUCUUUUCAUCACGAGUAAAUGCUUUCCAAUUUUGAUUUGCUUUCUGUUUUUAGUAAUAAUUGAUGUCUGUGUUGAAUAACUUAUUUCUAGGACAAAGAUGAUUGAAGAAGAUCCAUUUUAAAAGGUCCCUGGUUAAAUGUCUAGAUCUCAGUGAUGCUCAGUGUAGGCCGGUCCUCCCUCUAGAAUGCAGCAUUAUUCUAACGGUACAAAGUCAGAAGAUUCCUAGCAUUGGUCCCCCUUCACUCCCUGUUUGCAGCGGCGGCUGGUGAUCCAAUUCGUGGGUGGGGUGCAGUAAUGGACGGGGGUCCUCCCCAAGAAAAUAUAGAAUAGGUUUCUGGAAUGCCCAGUGCCCACUAGCUAAAAAUGUAUUCUGAUUCAUAGCCUACAUCCUGACUUGCAGGGCCUGGACAAGCUUACACUGCUUUCACUUUCAUUCCACUAGCCAUUGCUAUUUGACACAUGGUUGUUAUUCUGA